GAAUACUAAAAAGUAGAAAUAUUAUAACUCAAGUGAAAACGAAAGGGCGAUUUGUAGGCCAAACGAGCGCGUGUCGCAAUCCUGUAAUCUUUAGAUGGUAUCGCCGCGCAAGCCGGCUACAACCGUUAGUCCUGUUCCUGUUUCCAAAUCGAUGGCUACAUCUGCCAAGAGUUGCGAGAGCCUCUUCUCGGCCUGCAGUUCACGUGAGUCGGCAUGCUUGAUCUAUCAACGUAAGCAGCCCCAGGUUCGUGGUGGCUGCAUGAAACCAUCAAAUGGCAGUGGUGGACAUGGACCUGUUCGCCAGCCGUCCAUAAUUCCGAACUCUAGCGAUAUACAUCAGCGUGUAAUGUCGGCUCGAAAUUUGCGCAUCAAGACCUUUCAGAAUCAGUUAGCCAACGCUCAAGCCGAAAUCGCCAAUCUGGCCCAUGAGAAUCGCAUGCUGCGCACUCUCCACAAGCGUCAGUCAUCAGCACUGUCUAAGUACGAGUCUACCAAUGCAGAGCUUCCUCAACUGCUACACUCCCAUGCCGAGGAGUUGCGCGUCUGGCAAACAAAGUAUCGCAAUCUGCAGGCACUUAACAAGGAACUGGAGGCGAAAAUCAAACAAAAGGAAGCACUCAUAUUAUCCCUUAGCGACCAGAAUAAGCAUUAUAGUCAGCUAAACAAGGAUAGAAAUCUUGACGAGCGACAGCGGCUGCAGGAAAAGUUGCGAAAUCUAGAACAACGUUUGAUUGAUAAGGACAAUGACAUGAAACUGAUGGCGCGUAAAGUGCAGCUGGAGUCGAAGAACUUCCGUCAACAAUUGCUCAACGAGCAAAAGAAGUCCAAAGAGGUCAUGUUGAAGCUAGAGAAGGCUAGACUAGAAAUUUCUGGUUACCGGAAGUUGGAAGAGUUUACGCUCGGUGGCGAAAAGAGCAAUCCAUUGUCCUCGGGACGUCGCACGAAACUGAAUGUGGUUGAGGAGCCGGAAAAAAUUGAAAAACUGGAGAAAUCUCUGGAAACUCUAGAAGAAGCCAUUGAGAAAAACAAUCAAAGCGAAUUUAAUGCCCUCACUGAUGUUUUGGAAACAGAUUCAUUAUUUGAUUUUGAGAAGGAAGAGAAGGCAGAGGAAGAAAGCGCACCAUCUUCACCGCAUAAGAGUGUUGCAAAGAACAACAAUAAUGCCGGCACAAAAAAUAACACUACAGGUCAGGACACAAAAAUUGGGCGCGGGGGAAACAGCUUAUCCAAGCUGUUGUUGCCACCAGCCACCGUACAACCGAAGCAAUCACAUCAGCCCACAACGCGGUCAUCAUUGAGCCAAGCGUUGUCGAAUAAGGCCUCCAGUGUUAAAGCCACCACCUCCAUACCACGAUUGCGCAGCGGUGGCACCAAAAAUAGCACAAUUCCGGGCAGUAGUAGCGCACUUAGCAGCUUGGCUAGCAAGCGUCGCGAACCGGAUGCUAUAUCGAGGAUCUCUGCACCCGAACCAAAGAGCAAACAGAACGCCUUGAAGUCGUUGGAGAUGAACGCUGCUUUGGGCGAUGAUUACGACUUUGAUGAUGAUUUUGAGCGUGGAGCUGGAGGCGAUGACAGUUUCGGUCUAAUAGCUGAGAUGUGCGCAGAUGAUGAUUGCGACGACAAUGAAGAGAAUGCUAACGAGGCUAGUCUUCUUAGCUAUGCUGGCUAUAUGGAACAGAAAAGCACUAAUGGCGAUCUCGAUGACAUGCUCGAUGACGAUGAGGAUGAAGACGAGGGGCGUAACCCCAGAGAGUCAGUGAUAACUAAAGGAUUCGUGCGUACGGCCAGCAUGAAGGAGGACAUCUCGAGUAUACACAAACAAAUUUCGGACGACUACAAGGAACGCGAGAGUUUUCUUAACACUUUCUGCCGCCAGGCAUCGAGCAGCAAUAUGCGCGAGGAUCCGGCGCUAAAAAAACGCAACAGUAUUGCCACAGGAGCCACCAGUCACAUGGCCGGCAGUCGAAAGAAUGCCUUGUUAGCUGCACUUAAAGCCAUUGAUGACAACAAGAGCCAGGACUAGUCUCUGGACAACCAUAAACACAACACAGACACACACAAAUUUACACACUUCUAGUUCGAAUGUCAAUUAAGAUUUCUAACACACUGUUACUUAUAUUUUUCUAAUGGGUUGCAAUGCAAAAAUAAACUUUUUGUACGCCACAUUCGGGCAUGAGCGGUAAUUUGUAGUCGACCCUGCCGCUGAACGUCUCUGCGACAGAGUCGGCGACAUUGGCCGCGCAUGCUCAAAUGUGGGCCCGAUAUGAAAAAGUGUA